GGAGGCGCACAGUGGAUCACAAAGAUUUCCCUCAGAUCCCAGCGAGGAAGAACAACUUUUUUUUUUUUUGGCAGAAACUGAACAAAUGAUUGCAAUUAAAGACACAUGCAUUCUUGAGUGGGACGCAGUACUGGGCUCCGGUGAAUUUCAAGUCUCCGGAGCAGGAUACGGAGCAGCAGGACACGUGUGAGGGUGUGUGUGUUGUGGUUGCUCGGGUCCACAUCCGUGAUCCGUCCCAGUCCCUGCGCGGCAAACCUGCACGCUGAUCCAGAGGUAACAGAGCAGGCAGGUGGACCAAAUGGAGGAGGGUGAAAAGGUCAAGUCUCCGGAGGCCUGUGAUAAGACUGAAGAAGUGAAAAUGGAGGAAAUAAAGUUAGAGGACCAAAGUCCACCUGUUUUGGAGGAGAAUAGUUCUACUUCAGAGACGGAUGACACUAAACCGUCAGAAGAAUCUUUAAGUGGAAAUUUAGCAGCUACUUCUUCAUACGCCCUGGAUGAGCUCAUGGACAUUGGGACAGUCGACCAAGAGGAACAAGAGGCACAAAUUAAAGAGGAAGAAAAUACAAUGGAUGCAAACAUUAGCCAUUCGCCAGUUUUAUCCAACACCGGGAGUUCUUCACCUGCCACCCUAGUCAAUGGCACAAAAGAAAAAGUGGCCCAGUCAUUUGAGUCUGAUAGUUCACCUCCAGCCGUGGUCCAAGUGAAGGAUGAGCCUCUGGAUGAAGAGUAUGACCGAGCACUGACCUCCUGCACCGCUGUGAAAGAUGAAGAGGAAUUUCCAAAGAAUGACUUGCAGAUUGGCGCGGUCUUCUCUGUUCCCCCUGAGAAGCCUGCCCAGCCCCCUCCAGGUCACAUGUCAUGCUCCAGAUGUAAAAAGGCUUUAGUGAAGGGUCAGACUGCAUUUCAGAGGAAGGGCUGCCCCUCCGUGUACUGCUCCACCAGCUGCCUCACUGCCAAUCUCAAGAAGACUGAUCGCAUCUGCCACCAGUGCCGCAAGGUGAUCGAACGGCCUCAGGAGGUGAUCGUCUGUCCCGAUGCUUUGGGAGCGGUGAAGAACUUCUGUAGCCAGAAGUGCCUCUUCACGUUUAAAAAACUUCCCAAACCCCGACCUUCUACCUCGGCCUCUGCAGAGACGCUCUGCAGCAUGUGCAGCCGAUACGCCGCCAGUAAACACGAAGUGUCGCUGUGUGGAAUCUUGCACAAACUCUGCAGCGAUGACUGCUUUGAAACAUUUCGGACAACGAACAAACUGACGAUGUCGGGCUGUGUCCAGUGUGGGUCCUUCUUCAGCACCAAACCACUCCUGCUCAUCCUCAGUGAUGGCAACAAGACCCUCUGCAAUCAGGACUGCCUCAGCAAAUACAAAGAGAAAAACCCGUCAAGUCCAUUCUGUACGAUGUGCCGCUCUCACCGUCCGAUGUCAGAGAUGGUGGAGAACACAAACCCGGACAACUCGGUCAACCUCUUCUGUAGCACCAGCUGCAUAAUGGCCUACAAGGUCCAGACCGUCAGCAGCUCAGGGGUGCGUUUGAGCUGUGACACUUGUAUGAAGAUCACUGUGCCCUCGUAUCAUUUGGCCAUGUCCGACACCUCAAUCAGGAACUUCUGCUCUCUGCCCUGUGUCCUGUCAUUUCAGGAGAAAUUCAAGAAGCAGCCAACAACAAAUGUUUUCACCAAGUUACCAACGGCAGGGUUGGGGCAGCAGCUCCCCAUCGCCCCUCAGCCCAUCUCCACCAUCUCCCUCCCUCCUUUGCCCAAACACCUGUACUGCCGUCAAUGUGACACCAAAGUCGCCAUGAAACCAGAGGUCCUCCAAAUAGAGGACAAGAUGGUCUUCUUUUGUGGCCAGAACUGCCUUCUGGAUUUCAAAACAAGCAACUUUUUGUUUAAUGUUUGUGAUUACUGCAAAGUCGAAAAGGUCACCAAAGAGGUCAAACGAAUCAUGUCCAAAACCUGUAACUUCUGCAGUGAUGGCUGUAAGUUACUGUACAGGCAUGACCUAACAAAGAGCUGGGGCAAACACUGUCAUUCGUGCAGCUUCUGUCACAGUGUGUCUAAGAAGGUCCUGACCGCUCACUACGGCACCGCUGAGGAGCAGUUCUGCUCUGAACUGUGUCGCUCCAACUACACCAUGCUCUUCUGCCACGUGGCAAAAUGUGACUUUUGUGGUCGGAAAGGAAAACUGAAGCAGAGUUUGUCUCUUUUGGGCGACGCUAAACAUUUCUGUGAUCUCAACUGUCUGCUGCAGUUCUGCAUUAAAACUACACAGGAACAGGGGGCGCUAAAACUCAAACCAGCUACUCCUGUCAUCGCUAACGUUAUGUCACUUGCUAGCUCUGCAUCGAUUCAAGCCAGGACAAAAGAAUCGUAUACCAGUCCAUUGUCUUCAACAGAAAUUAGAAGUGCAGUUAAGACGACAAAUUCAAAACCAACUGCAACCUCUGCCCCUGCUCCUCCGACCAAAAUCCUCAAGAACAAAGCUCUCCUCUGCAAACCGCUUGUUCAAAAUAAAGGCAUCUCCUGUAAAACUCAGACAACGGACUCCGGAAUACAAACAGAUAAAUGCAAACCUGACAUCCUGAUCCUCCCUGUGCCUGUCCCUGUUUAUGUCCCCGUCCCGAUGGCGAUGUACAGCCAGUGCACACCUCACCCCCUGGGCCUGCCUGUCCCUUUGCCCGUACCCAUGUUUCUCCCAGUGGCGAUGGACAACGCAGAGAAAAUUGUAGAAACCAUUCAGGAGAUCAAGCAGAAGAUCCCGCCCGACCCGUUUGAGGCAGAGCUGAUUCUGAUGGCGGAGAUGGUCGCCGAGGACACUGAGGAAAAACCGAAAGAGAAACCUCCAGAGAGACGGACAAGUAGAACCAAUGCACCUGCACACGAUGACCGCACCAGCACAUACAGCGAUGAUUUGGACACCGAUGACUUGACGUCUUUCCUGAAUAACUGGGAGGAAACUGAUGCUGGUCUAAGGACACCCAGUCGACCCUUCACUAACGACAAGCUCACCCCCCUCAUUGACAUCCCCGUGGGAACGCCCAAUGUCCAGUACCAUGACAACCGCACCUACAGCCCUCCACCCAUGGACCUAGAGGCUGACCAGACCAUUGAAUCAUUGGAGACAUUGUCCCAAAUGAAAGAAGUGGCAACAACUCAGCCCCCAUCACCUCCUGCGAGACACCCUCGAAAAGCCAGAGACAAAAGACGGGGUCGUAAGCCAAAACGGUACGCCAAAUCCCCAGAACCAGAGGUCCCUAGUGCCCCUCUUCACACAGAACUGACACUGAAGAGCGAAUAUGGACUCAACGCCUGGAAACACUGGGUCCAAUGGAGGCGAAAUCAACCGCAGCUACAGAAACUACGCAUCGGCUCGCGCCCCUUUGAGCUGAGAGAGGACGUGCUCCAGUGCACCACAGCCGAGCUCAGUUUGUGUCUCUGUUUCUUCAUCUCUGAAAUUAAACGUCCGAAUGGAGAGUCCUACUCUCCAGACAGCCUCUACUACCUCUGCCUCGGCAUUCAGAAGCACCUGUUUGAUAAUGGUCGUGUGGAGAACAUCUUCAUGGAUCGAUUCUACAGUCGAUUUUCUGCAGAUUUCACAACAAUGUUGGGAGACUUCAAACCCAUAAUCACAUCCAGCGGUUACGUGCAUUCCCGCGUGGAGGAGUCGUUCAUGUGGGAGUGUAAACAGUUGGGGGCGUACUCUCCCAUUGUGUUGCUGAACACACUGCUCUUUUUCUGCUGUAAACACUUUGGCUUUCGAACAGUGGCGCAACAUCGGCAGCUCUCAUUCGCUCACGUUAUGCGCUGCACCAAAACUGAUCCCAGCAACAACAAGACCACCUUCCUCCGAUUCUACCCCCCUGUGCCUCUGCACAUGCCUCCUACAGCAGAUGCGCCAGCGGCAAAGAAGCGAAAAGGUGAGGAUCCGACAGAGGAGGUGCUGGAGAUGCCUGAAAAUGCAGAGAAUCCUCUUCGAUGUCCUGUACGACUUUAUGAAUUCUACCUCUCAAAAUGUUCUGAAUCGGUGAAGCAGCGCACAAACCUGUUCUACCUGCUCCCGGAGCGCUGCUGCGUCCCCAACAGCCCCCUGUGGUUCUCCUCCACUCCACUAGAUGACGCCACCAUGGAGUCUAUGCUGGUCCGCAUCCUGUCCAUGAGAGAGCUGCACCCCAAAUUCAGCAGUAACCAUGGCAACAACAAUUUUGACGCCUUGGACGAUAAACCAUACUUACCAGAAGAGGACUCUGACUGAUGCUAAAAAUGCUAAUUUGGCUAACAUGGCUAAUCGGUCGUCUUUUUGUAAAUAUUUCUAUGGACAAAAAACUGUUUAUGUUGUGAUUUUACCAAGCUGCAAAGAAGGACUGUUUGUCAGUCAAGUGCACCAAGGAAAGUUGAUCCAGAUAGAACUGUCAAAAAGGACAGUAUGACACUACAUUUUCACAAAAUUUGUCCUGUUUUGUCGUCAGAAUCUGCAGUAUAUUCUUUUUUGUCAAGGAGAAUGUAAAACAUUGAAUUAGGAUUUUUUAAAUUAUUUCCCAUCAUUAAUCUCUUGACAUUUUGCUAUAAACUUCAGAUUUAUUUUUUCUAAACAGGUUCCCAGUUUUUCAAGCAUCAUUGCACACACACAUCAGCACAAAUGGCCUUUUCUGUUCAAUUUACUAAAGUAAAUCCAUAUCUUGUGGCAAUUUAUUUCACUGAAAAUAAAUUGAUAAACUAAAAUAUUACUGCUCAUACUCUAGCUAGACUUUUCUAUCAAUACUUCUAAUCAUAAAGUGUGGAGUAACUUACAACCUUAACACAGUUUACAAAAAAAAAAUAUUAAAACAUGGCCAAAUGCAUUUGUAACUGUUGUAUUUUCAAUACUUUUGAAACAACAGAUUUGGAGACAUCCAUGCAGACUAAACUAAUAAUAGAACUAUUUAUGUUUUGUAGUCACAAGUUGCCUUGACUUCCAUCAGAUUUUCAAAUUAUAAUUUUCAAAAGUCUAUGGACAAGCAGUGCGAUAGAAAUAGGGCUAUAUUACUCUGUCAGAGCAACAGCCAUUAUUAGAUCUGUAAACCAGAUGCCCUCUCAGAACCACAAUUUUAAUUUUGAGACUUUAUAGGAGGUGCCAAACCUACAAAAUGUUGUAUGUUAAUUUCAUCUUGUCACUGGAUUUUUUUUUUGAUAACUGAAUAAGUCAGUUUGCCUUUGUCACUUUGAUUCAUUUUCAAAUAUUUUAAUCAUGUCUGGAUUUAUUUUUAACCAAACUUUUUAUUUUGUUUUCUUUUUAUUAACCACUUUAUAAGCUUCAUUUAUUAGAUCAUACCUGGAGUCCAUCUCUAUCCAUUGUGUAGUAGCUAUUUACUGUGUCAUACACAUGAGCUGUAUAUUUUUGCCAUUUGAGAAAUUCAUCGUCUGAAAAUCUCUUGCACAAGUUUUGAAUGUAAAAAAAGUUAAUUCAGACAUUGUCCAUUUAUUCACUGAGAAAUCAAAAGAUUUCUGUCCAUAACAUAAGGCCAUUCUCCAUUGUGGGUCUCCAUUUUCUAUUGUAUGAUCUUUUACAAUAAAACACAAAACUUGACUUAUUACAUUUA